CAUCCAGAGAAAAGCUUGUAUUUAGAUACCUCGUCUGACAACAGUCGGAGAAAACCUUAAAGUAGUCAACAUGGUCCAGUGGACAGAUGCUGAGCGUUCCGCCAUCACAUGCCUGUGGUCAAAGAUCGAUGUGGGUGAAAUCGGACCCCAGGCUCUCACCAGGUUGCUGAUUGUGUAUCCAUGGACUCAGAGACACUUCACUUCAUUUGGCAACCUUUCCACCAACGCCGCCAUCCUCGGAAACUCUAAGGUGGCCGACCACGGCAAGACCGUGAUGGGUGGUCUGGAGAGGGCUGUGAAGAACCUGGACGACAUCAAGAAUGCCUACACCGCACUGAGCGUGAAGCACUCUGAGAAACUCCACGUGGAUCCUGAUAACUUCAGGCUCCUCGCUGAGUGCAUCAGUGUGUGUGUGGCUGCCAAGUUCGGACGUCAAUUCACCGCUGACGCCCAGGAAGCCUGGCAGAAGUUCCUGGCUGUGGUGGUCUCUGCUCUGGGCAGACAGUACCACUGAGGGUCUUGUCAGACAUACUGACUGACAAAAUGGCUCAUGUUAGGAGACAUGUAGCUGUUGCCAAAUUCGCCAAAUAAAAUCCCACUAAAUGCA